GACAACUCACAGGUGCCCACCGACUCGCUCGAGUCGAUCCGUAAUCGUUUGAACCAAGCCCAUCUAUCGCUUCGGAAGUUGGCAGAACAAAUCAACCAUCACAAUAGACACCCCACCAAGGUCAAGUUGCCCAACUAUGCCCAUUUCCAGAACCAGUUCCAGAUCUUGAUCACCCAGCUUCACUCCAUUGCAUCCAAUUUGAGCAACAAUGACGAAUUGCUCACCAUAACCAACGUGUAUCCAUUGCCCAACUUCCCCACCACCCAACAAGAAGGAUUGGUCACCACCCUUCUCCGGAAGAAGGUGUUGCCCGAGGUGGAGGACUGGAUCAACAAAGCGUUGACAGAAAACCCCGGUGUGGACAAUGACGAGUUUGCACAAUGGUGCUACUCCAGGGUGCAAGAAUUGCGGGACGAUUUCCAGUUCUAUGGCUUCCAUACGGUGGACGAGUUGGACCACUUGGAAACGGACGAAGGUAAGAAAGAGACGGCGGAGAAGGACCGUCUUGAGAAAGAGAGAGAGGCGAAAGAGGCGGCCAUCACAGGGGGAGAAAAGGGCUUGAGUCCCAACCAGGUCCAGAAAUUUAUGUGUCAAGGAGUG